GCGAGAAUUGGGUGAGGUGGUGCAUGCAGAUUUGGAGGGGCACGAGCUCAAGAGCAGUGGAACAUUACCUGAAGACGCAGAAGUUGUGUCCAUCGCGCACAGAGGAAAUGGUGAAUGAGCUCGUCAACUCCGGGGGGAAGUGUUGUCGGGUGAUAAGAAUAUGCAGUACUUGCUAAAGAAUUACAGGCAGCUGCACGGGAUUCCGAAAGAGGGGGUCGAUCAGACGGAGAAGGCCGACGAGGUGGUUGAAGUUCCCGCAUACCUUGAGCCACAGCCACCGCCCUCUGCGGGCAGGGCUGCUCCACCAUGUGAAGCGGGGGAUUUGCACAAGGAGAACGCUUUGGAGGCGGCAAGGGGUGAGGCGUUGGGGUUGAACACACGGUUGUCCUCAUUGCAGCAGUCAACAACAAGGAGGUGGGUGGACAAUGAUGCGCAAAAGAAAUUGGACAUUGCAUGGGCGGCGACCAUGUUUCGUGCUGGGAUCCCAUUCAACUUCCUGAACUUCGAUACCACCCAGAAACUCCAUGAAGUGUACCUGCAGGUGGCAAAGUCAAGACCGCAGAAGACGGUGGAGCCGUUGACGACUUGUUGGGAUGUGAGCGGGUGUACUUUCAUCACAGACGGAUCGAGUGAUCGCCGGGAGCAGCCCGUGAUGAACUUUUUGGCAGCUGGGGUGGAUGGGGCGGUUUUGGUGGCGACAGUGUCAAUGUCCGGGAGGAAGAAGACCGGACCUGCAUUGGCGAAACUUUGGGAGCAGAUCAUGAGGGAAAUCGAACUGCGUCGAAUCAAUGCGAUCUGCACUGACAACAUGGAGGUCAACAAAAGGGCGGCUCAGAUCCUGGAGCGACGAACGGACAAGGAGGUAGCAAGGAUUCCGAGGGCGGUGUUGAAGGACAUGGUCAACGGUCGGAAUGCAGUAAAAUGGAAUGCGAUCCGAUGGUCCACGUCGAAGUUGAGGGCCAUAUCGGAUCUGGUGUACUUGACAUUGAGGAGUGAUGAGUGGUGGACGGGGUUGAACAAGGUAGUUGAGGUGAUGGAGCCCGUGUACGGCCUCUUGAGGCGGAUGGAUCAGGACGGUACCAGUCCCACAAACCUUGUCGAGUACGACGACAUGAUAGAGAGGAAGUUUAGCCAUGUCGUUCUUAUAAUGGAGCAGCCGACGAGCGUGAUGAAGAAAGUCAAAGAUUACAUGAAGAUGAUGCGGCAGCCCGCCCACGCAGCAGCCUUUCUUUUGGACCCGCACAGGAGAGAACCGAGGUGGUUGCAUGACCAAGACAGUGCGCUUGUGCAGAAUACCAUGCGCUUUCUUUCGAGGCAGGUUGGAGGUGAAUGGAAAGGGGAAGCACACUUUGACAUUUGGAGUGACCUGAAUGAGUUCCACACCAAACCUACAAGGAACGGCCCGAAAAUAAAUGACACGAAGAUGUGGGACCCCACAGCAAAGGCAGAUGUUGAUAAGAAGACACCGUCAGAAUGGUGGGCAGCACACGGUGGCGACGUGCCCGAAUUGCAGAAGGUUGCGAUCAAGGUUAUGGGCAUGUGGAGCACCGCAUCACCGACGGAGAGGAACUGGGCUUCCAUGGACUUCAUCCAUUCCAAACGGAGGAACAAGUUGUCGCCAGAAAGGUUGGCGAAGCUACCUGAAGAGAACGAUGGAUCGGUGUCGAAGGGGCCCGAGGAUGAGGCUGAGAAGACAGAGGAGGAGCUUGUAAGGGAACAGAGGCUCACAAAGACUCCGAAGGGAAGGGUUCCAAAAAAUCUCGAGGACAAGGACGAAGAGUUCACGGAUGACAGCGAUUUGGAUGACGAGCUAUGGAAGGGGAAGUGCGGAUUGUCGGAGGACUCGAGUGGCAGCGAAGAGGAUGACGACGAUGACUCCGAUUUCGAGCUACGACCGAAGCCGUCCGUCCCAGGCACAACGUACGUCGGAAGGAGGCGGACCAGACGACAACGCAGAGAAGAGUCACGCCCGGCAGCGACGGAGCCCAGGUUAAGGGAAACUGCACUGAACAAUCCGCAAUCUGAUGUCGAGUUCGCACGGGUAGACACGGAUGUCGAGACGUUGCUGGAAACGAGGGUGGACGAAGAUGAGGAGGAUGCGAACCGUGCCAAGGCUAUGGUUGACCGAGAGAACGAACUCGUCAACAAAUGUACGACGGAGGAGGAGGCCCGCCGUGCAGCUAUCCCGACCCGGAGAGAGAUCGAGAGAGGUCUCAAACAAGCCAGGGAGCACCAACAGCAGAUCAAUCAGGCAUUGGAGGUUGAGGAAGAAGGAGAGGAGGAGGAGAAGGAGCACCAGGCUGAGGUGGGAGAUUACAUGGAACAGGAAGAAGAGGCGGAGGGCAUGGUGCAACCACAUGAGGGAGAGGAGAUGGAGCACCAAGAAGAAGAGAAAGGCACGGUGCAAGGCGGGGAGGAAGAGGAAAUGCAGCAGGAAGAGGAGGGGGAAGGAUUGGCGCAGCAGAAGAUGCAGCACGGCGAGUUACAAACUCUGCCCUGCGACAACCACGCGACGGCGGAGUUUGACCUGCAGUGUAAACUUCAGAGGGGACUAGACUCCAAAACAGCAGUUUGAAAUGUAUCCGCGCCCUAGUCUUCUC